AUGGCAUUCGAAGGCAAGAUCGACGUGCUCCUCUAUGGCCUGGGAGCAAUUGGCUCAUUUUACGCCUUUAUUCUCAGCCGCAACCCAAAUGUCAGACUGACAGUCGUUGCACGGUCAAACUACGAUGCUGUAAAGAGCAAUGGCCUGGUUAUCGACUCACAAAACCACGAGAAACACAAUAUCAUCCCCGAGAAUGUAGUCAAAACACCCGCCGAGGCAAGGCAGACAUUCGACUACGUCGUUUGUGCACACAAGGCCAUCGGCCAGGACGCGGCUGUUACUGCACUCGGGCCUGCAAUAGAAGAGGACAAGACUACCAUUGUCAUUAUCCAGAACGGUGUGGGUAAUGAGGAACCUUUCCGAAAUGCAUGGCCAAAGGCGACCAUCAUAACCUGCGUGACAUGGACGGGCGCCACCCAAACCUCGCCCGGCUACGUCAAACACACCAAAAGCGAAGACAUGCAAAUCGGGCUCUUCCCAUCUUCCAUCUCGCCAUCGGCAACCGAGCAAACACGACUCUCGACUUUCUCCUCUCUUCUCAGCGGGGGAAACACAAACUUCACCGUUCUAGAAGACAUGCCGCUACAACGCUGGCAGAAGGUCGUGUGGAACGCGGCCUGGAACUCGCUCACGACCGCUACACUGCUAGAUACUCACAGCUGGCUGGAGUCCAGCCCCGAGGCUGUGCCGAUGACGCGGAGGUUGAUGAAUGAAGUCAUUGAUGUCGGGAGGGCGUGCGGCGUCACUGCACUGGAGCACUCGCUCACUGAUUCCCUGAUCGAGAAGAUCCUGGGCAUGCCGCCAAUUGGCUCGAGUAUGCAGACGGACUGCCUGGCCGGUAGGCCGUUGGAGGUGGAUGUUAUCUUGGGCUAUCCGUGGAAAAAGUCGAAGGAAUUGGGGCUGAAUACUCCCACGCUCGAUACGAUCUAUGCUGUUGUUAUGGGUGUUGAUCGGAGAUUGAGAAAUGCACAGAAGAUUUAG